AAGAAUCACUUUCCUAGUCUACUGUAGGAGAAGUUCACCAAAAUAUUUCACAUAUCGUGCCAAGUUUGAUUUUGGUGAGGACAGGAUUUACCGACAUUUAGAGCCAGCCCUGGCCUUCCAGCUGGAGAUCAACAGACUGAGGAACUUUGACCUGGAGGCCAUUCAGACCAACAACUACAAGAUGCAUCUAUACCUGGGAAAAGCUAAGGUGGCAGCAGGACAGGAAGUGACGGAUUACAGAUUCUUUGUGAGGGUCAUCAUCAGGCACUCCGACCUCGUCACCAAGGAGGCAUCUUUUGAGUACCUACAAAAUGAAGCAGAGAGAACCCCCCUGGAGGCUUUGGAUUCAUUAGAAGUGGCGUUCUCACAUCCACUGUCCAAGAAGACUGACUGUAACCACAUAUUCCUGAACUUUGCACCAACUCUGACCAUUCCAGAACCAGGCAAGCUGGAGGAGACAGUCAGAGCUAUGGUGAUGAGGUACGGCAGCCGUCUCAUGAAGAUGAGAGUUCUUAACGCUGAGCUCAAAUUCACAAUCAAGUUUGCAUCCAGUGACACAAGCAUUCCUAUUCGUCUGUUUUUGACCAAUGAGAGUGGAUAUUACUUGGACAUGAGCAUGUAUAGGGAGGUCACAGAUCCUAACAUGGGACAAGUGAUGUUUGAGGCCUAUGGAACAAAACAAGGGGCCCUUCACGGUCUACUGAUUAGCACCCCCUACCCCACAAAGGACCACCUACAGCUGAAGAGAUUCCAGGCCCAGUCAAGCGGAACAACUUAUGUCUAUGAUUUUCCAGGAAUGUUCACUCAGGCCUUACAGAAGUUUUGGAAGGAUCACAGGGAGGAGAACAAGAUUCCAGCUGAUGCCUUCAGUUGUAUAGAGCUGGUCCUGGAUAAAGACAACAACCUGUGUAAACAGAACAGACUGCCAGGGGAAAACGAGAUUGGCAUGGUAGCCUGGCAGAUGACCUUGAAGACACCAGAAUGUCCUGAAGGUCGUGACAUCAUUGUUAUAUCUAAUGACAUCACAUACAAGAUUGGCUCAUUUGGACCUGUGGAGGAUCUCCUGUUUAAGAAAGCCUCAGAGAAAGCCCGGAGAGAGGGACUUCCCCGAAUCUUCAUCUCGGCUAACAGUGGAGCCAGGAUAGGGCUGGCUGAGGAGAUCAAACACCUGUUUAAGGUGGCCUGGAAUGACCCUAAAGAUAUAGAAAAG